GCAUCUAAGCACUCGAUAGACAGGAAAUGGCUUAUAGUUUUCCCAGUUUUGAAAAAACAAUUCAAUUUCUUUGGCUUUGUUUUUUCAUUAGCAACCUUCUUGAUCUUGCUCAUGCCGAUCCUCCUUACAGUGUUUGCUCAAACAAUUCUAAUUAUUCAGCCAAUAGUACAUUCGAAAACAAUCUCCAUAUCCUCAUGUCCUCCAUUCGUUCAAAUGCAUCAGUUUCGAAACUUUACAAUACCUCUACUGGAAAUGACCUUGACAGAAUCUAUGCUCAAUAUAUGUGCAUCAACUAUAUAACACAUGAUAGCUGCAGUACUUGCAUAACGGCAGCAUCACAAGAUAUCAUGCAGGUUUGUCCAGGAGAUAAGGAAGCAGUUGUAUGGGAGGAGCUAUGUCAAUUGCGCUACUCGAAUCAAAGUUUCUUAGGCCACUUGGAUGUCUCAGGAAACAUUGCCCUAGAUAAUAAAAAAGAUGUUGAGAAUCCAGAGCAGUUCAGAUUGGUGGUCAAUGACACUUUGAGUGAUCUUACCAAGCAGGUAGCUUUUAAUGCUUCGGCAAAUAUGUACGCUACUAGACAAGCAGCCUUCACCAAUACAGAAACACUGUAUGCCUUGGUGCAAUGUUCCACAGACUUAUCUCCAUAUGAUUGUAACACGUGCCUUCGGGUUGCCAUGGAAAAUAUUUCCAGUUGCUGUAAUGCUUCUCGUGGAGGGCGGGUUCUUAGCCGCAGUUGCUACUUAAGGUAUGAGUUAUACGCUUUCUAUGAAGGUGCAAAUAACGAAUCUUCAAAAAGUCCAGUUCCAGGAAAAAGUAAGUGCAACCGAAGAAAAACAUGGAUUAUUAUCAUCCUGACAGUUGCAGCAGCACUUCUCGUGGUGGUCAUCUUAGGCUCCCUUAUCUUCUAUCACGCGAUGAGAUAUGGAAACAAUGAUUUCCAGCUCCAAAAUUUUCAGAGAGAUGGCCUUAAUGAUGGGGAAUCUGCAUUUUUCGAUUUGGCAUCUAUAUAUGCAGCUACUGGUAACUUCUCUGAGUCAAAUUUGCUUGGAAAAGGUGGUUUUGGCCCUGUUUAUAAGGGAAAAUUGAGUGAUGGAAAAGAAGUUGCAGUGAAGAGACUUUCAGCUUGCUCUGAGCAAGGCACAGAUGAGUUUACCAAUGAAGUUAUGCUAAUCAUGAAACUCCAACACAAAAAUCUUGUCAAGCUUCUCGGCCUUUGUGUUGAUGGAGAUGAAAAGCUUCUGGUCUAUGAAUUCAUGCCUAACAGAAGCCUAGAUGUUUUCCUCUUUGAUAAGAAGGAACGUGCACGGCUCAAUUGGCGAACACGAAUUGGUAUCGUACAUGGAAUUGCAAAGGGCACUCUUUAUCUCCAUGAGGAUUCUAGGCAUAGAAUUAUUCAUCGAGACCUGAAAGCUAGCAAUGUGUUGUUGGACAAGGAUAUGAACCCAAAAAUCUCAGACUUUGGAAUGGCAAGGAUGUUUGCAGGCAGUGAAGGCGAAGCCAAUACUACUAGGAUAGUUGGAACAUAUGGAUACAUGGCACCAGAGUAUGCAAUGGAAGGAUUAUACUCCACCAAGUCUGAUGUUUUUAGUUUUGGAGUUCUUCUGCUUGAGAUCAUAACUGGAAAAAGGAAUUCUGAAUUCAACAAAUCGAAACGUGCUCCGAGCCUCCUAGCUUAUGCAUGGCAAUUAUGGAACGAAGGAAAAGAAUUAGAGUUGAUAGAUCCACUGAUGGCUGAUUCAUGCUGUUCGGAUGAAUUUUCGCGAUCCAUGCAUAUCGGUUUAUUGUGCGUCCAAGAAGAUCCUUGUGAGAGGCCUACCAUGUCCUCGGUUGUUUUAAUGCUGAAAAGAGAGAGUUCAAUUCUUACCCAACCUGAUCGGCCAGCAUUUUCUGUGGGAAGAUUCGCAGACUACGAGGCUAAUGCUGGCAAUUGUUCUGUCAAUGCUUUAACAAUUUCAAGUAUUUCGCCCCGUUGA